AUGAUCAAGCCCGCCUGGGAUGAUGACGCUUUCUUGACAAAUGGCGACGGUGAUGACAACCUCGAUUUGCGUCGUCGAGAGCAGGUUGAGCUGCAGUGGACGGGUCCGUACAAUGAGACCGUUCUAGACCCGCGAUACGUUGUUCUUGAGGAGGGCAUUGUGGACAGCAAGUCCUCGAAGAUAUGCGGCAUCGACGUCGAGCUCGAUUAUCCCCAAGGUGGAGAUGCAGCGGUCGCUAACAACUUCAUAUACGGCUUCCAUAGGCCAGACGUCUGUGAGGAUUACGAGUUUGGCGCUCCAUUGGAUGCCCGCAUUAUCACAAAUCCGCCUACACAGUACGACUCGGAGCGCGUACUCGAGUUUCAGUUGCCAAAGCAAUUCUUCCAGCACCUUGAUAAUUCUCUCGGCCCCUUCGAUAAUCUAGACCCGAAUGACAAGAAAAGACCGAAAUUAUCGUUUUGUGACCUCGUUCGGGCGCAUUGGGAUAUAGCUGCGGUGCCCAUUCCGGGAUUAGAUACCUCACAGGGCGUCGGCGCUUCCCUUACGCCAAUGGACCACAUUGCCCAACAAUACCCUACGGAUAGGUGGAAGACAGACGAGAAAAGAACUCCAAAUCGUCAGCAUGUCCAAAUGGAUACAAAACAGGCUGCCCACGCGCCAGGGCUCGGGCGAGGCGAUCAAGUCUAUGCGUUAUCUGAUUGGAUCGCGCAUGUACGAGACGCCCACAUCCGUGAUAUCCUAAAGCGCCAGAAGGACCGCGUCGGCAACGUGCUCGAUCUUCUCGACACCCAGAUCCUAAAGGCGAACCCCCGAAACCCGCCGCCCUGGAAGCCGUGGCCGAUGCUAGGAUUGAAGGCCGAGUGGGAUACGUACAUGAAGGGCAAAAUGGCCCUCGUCGAAACUAAGACGAUGAAGGUCAUCAACGAGUUCCUGCCGAGGCUCCAGGAACAGUGGGCCGAUGACGCGAAUCGACAGGCUGCUAAGAUAGACCCAAAUGACGAUGCGAAUACGCAAGCUAGCAAGCAAGAGCUGCAGGACUUGAUUGACAAGAUUGAUGCGAUGGACAGUGUGGUUAGGGCGCUACCGGCUUGGACGUGGCCAUUUUAA